AUGGGUUCCAACGUCGGCCUUGACCUCCGUGGUCUCACCCCCGCCCCCGUCACCCCCUUCAACAAGGACGGCAGUGUAGACUACAACGCCAUUCAUCGUCUCGGCUCCUGGCUCGGCAGCAUCUCAGGCGUCAAGGGUCUUGUCGUUCUCGGCCAUGCCGGCGAGGGCACCUUUUUGACGCAAGACGAACAACUCGCCGUCAUCAAGGCCUUUGUCAAAUCCGUCGACAACCGCAUCCCCAUCAUUGCCGGUAUCACGGGAGAAGGCACCGAAGUAGCGGCACUAGAGGCCAAGCGCGCCCGUGAAGCCGGCGCCUCGGCUGGCCUCUUGUACCCAUCGCACGGCUGGCUCCGCUUCGGCUACCAGCCUGGCGCUCCACAGGACCGGUACAAGCGCGUCUUUGAGGUCAGCGGACUGCCACUGAUUCUGUUCCAAUAUCCGGACGUAACAAAGGCGACGUACAACUUACAGACUCUACUCGAUAUUUCGGCGCAUCCCGGCGUCUUUGCGAUGAAGAAUGGCGUCCGAAAUAUGAGACGGUGGGACACUGAGAUUCCCGUCAUCCGAAAGGAGAGGCCGGAUCUCCAGAUUCUCACCUGCCAUGACGAGUAUCUUUUGCACACCGCUUUUGAUGUCGACGGUUUCCUGGUUGGCUACGGCAAUAUUGCGCCCGAGGCUCUGAUUGAGUUGAUUAAGGCGGGCAAGGCCAAGGAUUACCCCAGAGCGAGGGAGAUCCACGAUAAGUUGUUGCCGGUGACCAAGGCCGUGUACCAUCGAGGAUCGCACAUGGAGGGCACUGUGGCGCUGAAGCACGCGUCACCUUUGUUGCCAUUGGAGGACGGAGCGGAGAGCGAGAUCUUUGCAGCCGUCUCUGCAGCCUCGCUCGCGCGUGUGAAAUAG